AUGGAUGCCGAUGUCAAUGCAAUCGAGAUCGAUGACGACAAUGCUGGUAUAUUCAGCAUCGCCAACGACUGCCACAGCGAGGACGAUGACGCCCUCACUGGUGAAGACAAAGCUGUUUCAGCAGUGCAAACGAAGUGCAGUGCUGUUGACAAGGAUGAAUCAGCAGAGGGAUUUCUGCUGACUCGCGAAGCGGUUGUCCGCUUCGUUCAAGACUCUAUUGCAGAUGCACUAGACCGACAGAAAAAAACGCAGACAAACAUGGAAAAGCAAAUGUUCUUUCAUUCGAUAAAGGAGACCUAG